CUCUUUCCCAGUUGCCGCCGAGCUGUGCGGAGGCGGAGGCCCGGGUGCGUUCAAGAUUCCGCUCCACCCGUAACCUACCGCCAUGGCCGAGGAAGGCAUUGCUGCUGGAGGUGUAAUGGACGUUAACACUGCUUUACAAGAGGUGCUCAAGACCGCCCUCAUCCAUGAUGGCUUAGCACGUGGAAUUCGCGAAGCUGCCAAAGCCCUAGACAAGCGCCAAGCCCAUCUUUGUGUGCUUGCAUCCAACUGCGAUGAGCCUAUGUAUGUCAAGUUAGUCGAGGCCUUGUGUGCUGAACACCAAAUCAACCUGAUAAAGGUUGAUGACAACAAGAAGUUAGGGGAAUGGGUAGGCCUCUGCAAAAUCGACCGAGAGGGAAAACCUCGCAAAGUGGUUGGUUGCAGUUGUGUGGUUGUUAAGUGGCCGUAG